GGUAGGUCCUAAUUACUGCCUCGUGACGCUAUGCCACAAUGUCCGUGAGAGUUCAGAUCACAUUGCUCAGCGGCCAAUCUACCUGCAUCGCAGUUCAUUCGCAUGACCUCGUCCGAGUUUUGAGGCAGCAGACCCAAUCACGGCUCCAAGUUGGCAUCGAAGCCUUGGUCUCUCUCAGUGGCGAGAAGUUGACUGAUGUGGCAAGUGUCGCCGAGGUCGGCUUGACCGAUGGAGAUACGGUGAACGCACUUGUGCGACGUACUCGCCUGGUGACUAGCCAUCGCUCGCUUGCCAUUGCCCUGGUGCAUCAGAAAGGCUUUGUGGUGAGCUGGGGUCACGAUGCUUGUGGUGGUGACAGCUCCAAUGUGAAAGACCAGCUUGUGGAUGUGAAUGAGCUGGCAGCAAACGAAUAUGCCUUCGCUGCCCUUCGCUCCGAUGGAACAGUUGUCACGUGGGGAGAGGCACGCCAUGGAGGCAAAGGCUUUGAUGGACUCACUAACGUGGUGCACACUGUGGCUUCCAAUUCUGCCUUUGCCGCAUUGCAGGCAGAUGGCCAUGUGGUAACGUGGGGACUUGCAGAGGUGGGUGGCGACUCGAGUGGUGUCGACACCCAGCUUUUCGGGGUCAAGCAAUUGCAAGCAACUUCUGCAGCGUUCGCUGCCCUGCGGGCAGAUGGACACGUUGUGACGUGGGGUAUGCCGACAGCUGGUGGUGAUAGCACUCGUGUGCAAGACAAGCUGACGGAUGUGCAUCAUAUAUACUCGACCAGCCUGUGCUUCGUUGCAACUAAGUCAGAUGGAAGUGUUGUGGUUUGGGGUGACCCUUUGCUGGAAUUUGACGAGGAGGAGCUUGAGCAGCUUUCAGACAUCAGUUUGGUGGCAUCUAGUGGACAAGCAAUUUCUUUGCUAUCAUCAGAUGGAAAGGUGGUCACACUCGGACCCGCUGCAGCGAGAGGAAAUUCUGCUGACCUCGACUUGAGCAGCGUGCAGAAAAUUCAAGGUUCACAUGGAGCAUUUGCUGCUCUCCGAAACGAUGGCAGUGUGGUCACUUGGGGAGACUCGUCAACUGGUGGCGACAGCAGCGCCGUGCAGCGCUUGCUUCAGAAUGUGUGGGACAUUCAGGCAACAAGUCACGCCUUUGCAGCCAUUCGCAAUGACGGUACUGUUGUGACCUGGGGUCACAGCAUUCAUGGAGGUGAUUGCUCGGCAGUCAAGGCAGGUACAGCGGGUCAGAUGGCAGCUUUUGCUCGUUGAGCAACUUUUCAACAUGUUUAACAGAAGAUAAAGACAGCAACCCUGCCAUUCCGUGCUCAUUCCCUACUGUACAGGAGCAGCUGUUUGACGUGCAGCAGGUGGCAGGUUCCUUUGCAUCCUUUGCAGCUCUGCGGGAAGAUGGAGCUGUUGUUGCUUGGGGCAAUCCUGGCUCUGGCGGCCAUUGCGGGCGAGCAACUUCAGAACUGCUGCAUGCAGCGAGCUGUGACAUUUAAAGGUGGUGAUCAAGGGUGAGAACGGAGAGAGCUUGUUUGCGUUUCACCUCCAGAUUGCAAAAGUGCAAAGUUACACCAAUGCAGAAAUCGCUUUAUUUG